AGGUUGUCGCGGCGGGUUCUCCCACCAGAACGUGUACACGAACGGUCGAAGGGGAAGGGAGGAGGAGCCCCUGCACCGUCUCAGUCUUCGCGUCGCUGCCCUCCAGCAUUCACGCCUCCCGCGUCCGUUCGGCGGCGCAGGCACACUCCGUUCCGUCUGUACACACACGCACACACGCGGCUGCCCCCCGUCUACACGUAGACGCGCGCGUACACACGCCCUGAAUCCGGACGAGGACUUUAGCACACCAACACCUCCGCGGGAGGUGUGGGGGUGAGCCCCCAGAGGAGGUGUCAAUCCUAGCGCUGCUCAGUGACCAUCGCGGCGCCACCCAAGUAACACCUUUCGUCCGCUCUCCAGCCCCGACCGAGGCGACCAGCGCGCACAGCACCCGAGCACCGUGUCUCUCGUUCAGAGAGCCCUCUCUCUCGCUUCGCUCUCUCGCCUUUUUGUCUCUCUCGCCUGGCGUUUUGCGCGUCACGAUAUAGAAGCUAGUCCGGACUGUCCUCGUCCUCCGGCCUGUGUCGUCCGGCCGUCGGACGCUGCUUCGACUCGACUCGACUCGAUUCGACUCAACUCGACGAGAGUCGAGUCUGUUGCCUUCUCCCCAAGACACAACGACGAGAAGCGAGUUUGCUACCCGGUCUGGCCGCGUGUUCGCGUCGCGUCGCGUCGCGUCGUGUCUACCCACAUCGUCGUCGUCGUCGUCGUCGUCGUUGAUACUUUGUAAUCGAGGAAGUGAGUGCUUCGCGGAACUGACCUCUGUCAGUGGACGACAGUCAGUGAGUCAGUGAACAGUGAACGACGCAAGGAUUUACGUGCACCACGUCCCUCGACGUGCACGUAACCAGUGGGUGCUUGUUCGUAGCAGUCGGUGUUUCGGGCCACGGUGUGACUCUGUCUAAGCGCCACCGCCGAUUCUACGGGGGAGAUCGUCGACUCGAGUGGAUCGACAAAGUGUACCCUCUGAAAUCGAAAGCCGGAUGUAAAGUUCCACGGACGACGCAACAGUGGACACAUCUCAGAGAAUCGUUUCCUUCUUUUCCUGGUGCUUGAAGCCUUCGAAGUGGCGUUCGAAGCGUACGAAGAUAGCCAAGGCAACAAGGUGCACGAGACGUGUACGAUGUCGAGCGUACGACUGCUGGCGACGGUGAUCGAGGGAAGCUCGGAUCGACUGCGACGACGACGCAGCCAGGAUCUCGACUUACGCUUCUGAACGUCUGGUACGUUCCUCGCACAACUCCCUCUCGUCGAACCUUGUCUAGCAUGCCGAAGAAUCGACGUACACGAUUAGAGACGUACACGACGGUCGACAACGCGGCUUGGAGGAGAUCAGCGUGAUCGAGCCGUGCCAAGUGUAAACCCGAGAUCGAGAAAUUCAACCCAAGUGUGUCCGUGCUCUGAGAGCUCCGCGCGUGGUUGAAAGCGCAGAAAGUAAUCGUUCGAUUGUGCGAAACUAUCCUCGUUGAACGCCAGCCAGAUAAACGACAAACAUCGAACCAACGAACUGACGAGAGAAUAAAGAAGAAGAAGAAGAAGAAGAAGAAGAAGAAGAAGAAGAAGAAGAAGAAGAAGAAGAAGAAGAAGAAGAGUAGCGCUCGCCCGGCUUUGAGUCACUCGAAGAGGAAUCUCGCGCGACUCGGCAGACCCGCCCGUCUCGAUGAGAUUCGAACAAGACACAGCGUGCAGGGGUACCCACUGCGCCAGCACUCCGCAACCCUCCGCGCUACAGCAGCGAUCACGGCUCGAGGAGGUGGUGGAGGAGGAGGUGGACUCCUCCGCGAAGGACAUCGACGGCCAACGACGUAGACGCAGAGAAUUGGAGGCUAACGUGGUCGAGGGUGCAAACACGGGGCCGAGGGCCGAGGCGGGGGGGCCUGGGAUGGCGUACCCCGCGUCAGCGACGGCUCUGAAUCAGCACUCGGCCUUCGCCACCUCGAUCGCUGGCACGCCGUCCAGCAACCCGAACGGACACAUAUCCGGCGGCCACCUGCCGGCGCCGGCCGCCCCCCGACCCACCGACUUCAGCGUCUCGUCGUUGUUGACCGCCGCCACGACUCACCCGCCGAUCUUGGGCGGCUCGUCGUCGCAGGGAAGCGCGUCGCCGCCGCCCGGCGGACCAGGAAGCCCGGCCGCCGCGCCGGAAACACCGCCACCGUUGCCAAGCCAGAGGGAAUUGUCGCAUCCGUCCUCGGCGGUAGCAGCGGCCAGCUAUUUCAGCGCUGCCGCCCUCGCCGCCGCUGGAUUCUACAAUCCGGCGGCGCAUCUGCCGGCGACUAGCUCGCCUGGACCGACGGCCCAUCAUCUACAGGGCAAGGGGAUCCUCACCAGCCCCCAUCAUCAUCCGCAUCUUAACCCUCACGGCAUCACGCCGCCAGGUUUAGGCCUAGGGCCGCACACGCCCGAGGAAGCAGCGGUUCUGGCGGCCGCGGCGGCUGCGUUGCACCACCAUCACCAGGGUGGUCCUGGUGGGCCAGCGAUGAGGCCACUCAGGCCUCCGUUGCCCCCGGGUAUGUUGCACACCUCGCCGCACCCUCUGGCACCUCAUCAUCCCCUCGCGGGGCCGCACCAUCCCCUCGUGCCUCCUCAUCAUCCCGAGGAAGACGGCGUGGUGGACGAUCCGAAAGUGACUCUCGAGGGCAAGGAACUCUGGGAGAAGUUCCACAAACUCGGCACGGAGAUGGUCAUCACCAAAAGCGGCCGGCAGAUGUUCCCUCAGAUGAAGUUCCGUGUUUCCGGAUUGGACGCAAAGGCCAAGUACAUCCUUCUGCUGGACAUCGUCGCGGCGGACGACUACAGAUACAAGUUCCACAACAGCAGGUGGAUGGUGGCGGGGAAGGCCGACCCGGAAAUGCCGAAGAGGAUGUACAUCCAUCCGGACUCGCCGAGCAGCGGUGAGCAAUGGAUGCAGAAGGUCGUGAGCUUCCACAAGCUCAAACUCACUAACAACAUCAGCGACAAGCACGGCUUUGUAAGUACUGUACGUAACGCCAACCAAACAAUUACUUACUUACUAGCCUCUAAGUUGGAGCUCCGAGUCUCGCAAUUAAUCGCUAACGUUUGCCCGGCUAACGACCUAACGAUCGGCCGAUUAAAAGCUCGUUAG